AUGGCUAAAUACGUGAAGGCGCAGUUCCAGGCGCUGCAAAUGACCCGGAACAGGCGCGUACCAGAGCGCUCGUACUUCUUGCACUUCUCCAAGUAUAACUCCAUACCGAAGCCGCUCAGCGAGCGGAGGCAGCCGAGGCGCGUCGACAUCGCUGCUUGCCUGAAUAUGCAGGUCGGCGACCUCGUACAGGUGCUCCACGGACAGGACCAAAACAGGCAGGGAGUGAUCCUCAAAAUCUUCCAUCGCAAAAACCAGCUAAUUGUCGAGAACUGCAAUAUGCGCCAGACGUUCUGGAACCCGGAUUUCAGAAAAGGACAGCCCAGUCUGCUGACCCAGGAGAUGCCGAUACACGUGACCAACGUAGCACUUGUUGACCCAGUUGUGAAAAAGCCGACCAUCGUCAAGCGGAGGUAUAUGAUGAACGGCGAAUGCGUGCGCAUCUGCAAGCUUUCCGGUUGCGCACUUCCUAAGCCAGUUGAAGUCGCCAGGUCGCUGUACAAGCCCCCUCCUAAGAAGGCGACGCCCGUUAAGGAUGACUACUCCCACCGGGACUACGAAAAUUUCAACAUUCUCGUGGGCUUGGCUCGCGAGAUAAAGAACAGGAAGAUCGCAACAUUACUUUCAGAUCGCGCCCCGCUUACCAAAUGUCGCAUGGACGGUGCGGAGGCACCCGAACAAGAUGACACGGCAGCAGCGGCGUCGUAG